AUGAGGGCGCCCUUCAAACUGCUUGUCGAGUAUGGCUUUAGUGUUUUUUGUCGUCUGUUGUCUUUUGUGUUGUACAUUUCAGACGAUUUUUUUUUCUAUUGGAAUGACACGGAAUAGGCUGUGAUACAAGUGUGAAGACCUCUUUGGGGUAGGGGCUGUUACAGUGUCAGAACAGAGAUACAGGAGAUAGUUUACGGGACGAGAAAGAUUAUUUCAUUCAGACAGCACAGAUUAUGAAAGCCAUAAAGAAAACCAGACUACAAUCUUAUAACAAAUGCAACGACCACAUAACUACUGCUUCAGAUCAUACAUCUACAGUGCUGUCUAAAAGCAAGAGGAAGAAGAAAAACAUGAUGAGAAAAGCAGCCAAGUUAAAACUUCAGGGAGAUGAGGAUUUGCAAAGAACAAAACAAAACAAACAAGUUGUGGAUUUUGAGGAAGAACUGAGACUAUUUAAAGAGGAAGAGUUGGAGAAAGAAAGACUUAAAAUGGAUGCGGAGCAAAGACAGAAAGGAGAAAAGAUGAAGCGACCAGAUCCAGAGGUGGUUGUGUUUGAGGAUCCAAGCAGACGGAGGAAGAAACAGGUUGUUGACCAAGAUAGUAGCAAGUCCAACAAAGAGGAAUUCAAUCUCAAGAAAGCUCGUUAUGAAGUCCGGCAGUUUGGUCUGUCUGGGUUCUCCUUUGAAGAUCGAGAAAAAUGUGAGAUGGAUCGGGCCAUUCGUCUGGGAGCAUGGGCACCGAAGCGAGAAAACAUCAACUACAAGGAGUUCAUUGCAAUACAGAAAAAGAAGAAGGAAGAAGACAGACAGCAACGGGAAAUUGACCGCAAAAUGGGCUACAGUGUAACAAAAAAGCCAGCUGCUGAAAAGACAAGAGUCAGAAACCAAGGUUUUUGGAGGGACCCUACUCAGGACAAGAAGUUCUUCUUAGAUGGUCAGGUGGGACGGUACAAGCAAGGCGUGCAGGUGGUUAGUAGAGAUGAUAUCAGCAGAGUCAAGACUAAAUCGAAGAAGGGGAGCAGGAGAGGCAGCGGCAAGAAUAUCAAAUUCUGAGUUCUAUCCUUUAUUCAACAUUAAUAAGGUCUGAACUUGACGUGCAACUUUUCAAGUCAAUCCCAUAAGUGCACAGUUUGCGGCUGUUUCAUUCAUGGGAAAGAAUGUUGCAUCCUAACAACACUUUUUUCAUAGUACAUUGUAUCAAUGAAGGUCAGGUAUUGCAAACAUCAUGGAUAUAUACUACAGAUAAUCAUGAAAAGAAGGGCAAGCACAUGAACAUGUACACCAUGUUCCUAUAUGAGAUAUUGGUAUACAUGUCGUUGGUACAUGUACAUUAUGUUUAGUAUAUGCGCAGUUGUAAAUGAUCGCGUGGGUUGAAAAGUUGGCAGUUUGGAGGGGGGAGGGGGAGGGGUUUCACUUCGCUCGAAUACAAUAAUUUCAUUACUCACUGAAUCAGUCAUAGCUUGCUGAUGCAGCCCCCUCAACGUUAUUUUUUCAGUCACUAGAUUUUCAACUUGUAUGUUUUCAAACCACCCCCCCCCCCAAAAAAA